GAUGGAAUGCAAUUCAGCGAUGACUUAACGAAAGAUUGCUCGUGUUUUCCAUGUUCGGGUUGAAUGCGGGACUUUUUAAAAGUGCGCUUCAAACAGUAAAUGCAACGGUUCGCAUUCGUAUGAUUUUUCCACUGCUCACAAGAAAUUAGAGAAAACUGCCGCACAAAUACCUGGUGGAUAGUAAAAUUGUGUUAGAAAAGAGUUUGUCAACUUUUUUCUAUCAGCCAAAAAGUCCAAUUCGAGUAUAAAAUAAUUAAAAGAAGAUUGUGGAACGAGCAGCAGCAGAAGAGUGCAAGAUUAGCGUGAAGCGCUUCGAUUUCAGCAUUUGGAAAUUAGAUAUCGGCAAGAGAUUUAAGUAAAAUGGUUGGCGCAACGAAAAUUCGCAAUGACGAGAAUGAGGCCAAUAAUUAUACAAAGGUAAAAAAUUUUGCUGUCACUAAUACCACAGAAGUUACAAAGCGUGCGGCUUUGGGAGAUCUGCAAAAUCGGGCAGUUCUACGACACGCAGCCGCCAAGGAUGCCGCCCAAAAAGAUGUUGAUGCUAAAUUGAAAAAUGUAAUCCAAAACACAAAGUCACGUGUUGACACACAUUGGAAAAAAGCGCCAGGUGCUGUUGCAGCAUCUAUCAAGCCCAAUGCAACUGCAGCUUCUGAACAGCCUAAAAAAAAUGUUACGAGGUCGAAUUCUUUGCGCGGACCCAAUGGUGUCGUGCCAUCGGCAUUUCAACGCAAUGUCGUGUCCGGCCAGAACAAACCCAAGACGCUUACUGUAAAAGUAGUUGAAAAUAAAUUACAACAGGCAAAACUCAGUAAAACUAAGGUUACAGAGGAGGCAAAGACUAAAAAAUCAGUUACCGUAGGAGAACAUCUAGCAUUGCGGCGGGAAGAUAGCAACUUGUCACGGAAAUCCUUAACAAAAUUGAAAGCAGCAUUGUCACGAGAUAGCGGCUCCAAGGUCAUAGCGGCAAAGGCAACAGCGCAGAGUAUAAAAGGCAAGCAGGAACCAUUAGCAGCAAAAGAACCAAGAGAUUCUGGCUCUGAAAUCAGCAAGCAGUCUUCAUUAAAAAUUAAAAGCGUGCAAACACUCUCACCCGAGGGUAUAGAAGGCGUUGAAGAUAUUGACUCUGGCGAUUCUGAUCAACUUUUACUCGUAUCUGAAUAUGUAAAUGAUAUAUAUAAUUACCUAUUUCAAUUGGAGGAGGAACAAUAUAUUCGCAAAAAUCAUUUGGAUUGUCAAGAUGAAGUUCAUCCAAAAAUGCGGGCUGUGCUAAUUGAUUGGAUCAAUGAAGUGCAUUGUCAAUUUCAUUUGGACCCAGAAACAUUCCAAAUGGCCGUAGCUAUUAUAGAUCGAUACUUACAAGAAGUAAAGGAUACGAAACGUAUACAUUUGCAAUUAGUUGGCGUCACUGCGCUAUUCAUUGCAGCUAAGUACGAAGAGCUAAUACCACCAUCAAUUUCCGAAUUUGUUUUCAUUACUGAUGACACCUAUAACUCGAAACAAAUUGUGCAAAUGGAAUUAAAAAUCUUCAAAACGCUCGAUUGCAAUUUGGCCCGUCCUUUGCCAAUACACUUUUUGCGUCGCUUCUCAAAGGCGGCUAAAGUAGAAGAUAUACAUCAUGCGAUGGCCAAAUAUUUCAUCGAAUUGACAUCAAUCGAAUACGAUUUAGCAGCAUACAAACCGUCUGAGAUCGCCGCUUCGUCGCUCUUCUUGGCUUUACAUUUGCUCAAAGACAAUGCUAAAUUACCAACUGGCUUUAACAACAAGCACUGGACGCCCACAAUGCAGUGGUAUUCUCACUACUCGGCUGAACAUUUGCGACCCAUAGCCAAGAAGAUUGCUGCGGUGGUGCGUAAUGCACCCGCUGCCAAACUGAAGUCUGUCUAUACAAAGUAUCAAAAAUCGAAAUUUUAUAAGAUUUCGUUGCGCUCAGAGUUAUAUGAUAAACUAAUUGAUUCCAUAAUUAAUCAUGAUGAAUGAGGAAGAUUUAAUGAGGGCAGUUACAGCGACAGGAGCUGCAAUGCGUUAAAAUUCUGUUUAUGUAGUUUAGUUUAAUUGUUUUUCUUUUAUUUUUAAACUUUUCAUGAUUUUAUAACAUAUUUCUUUAUAAUAUAUUUUUUUACUUUUAAGUAUUAUGCGACAAUUUAAAAUAAGACAACACACAUACUAACUCACCGUCGGACAGCAAUCAACAUAAGUUUUUCUUCCAUAUAAUGUGCGGCAUUAAAGGAAGGUUGAAAUCCGGAACAGAAGAAUGAUGUCGAAAGCAGCAACAUGCAAGUGGAAGACUUCUACCACAUAAAUAUG